AUGUCCACCGAAGAAACACCUCACCACAUCGUCGCGCUCGAGGCAAUUCACUGCCCGAUUCCCGACUUUGACCUCCCGGGUCCCCACACCAAAUCCAUCCACACCUGGACCGAGCCCUCGGAGCUCAGCGCCCGAGUCAAAGAUGCCACCAUCAUUAUAACAACCACAGUCCGGCUCUCCGCCGAAAUCAUAAGCGUUGAUAAAACUCCACGCCUCCGACUGAUAGUUGUCCUAGCAUCCGGAACAGACUGUGUCGACAAAGAAGCCGCCAAAGCACGUGGAAUCCCCGUAUGCAAUUGUCCCAGCACAAAUAUCGAUAGCGUCAGCGAGCACGCGAUUGGCUUAUACUUUGCCACGCGAAGAAAUCUGGCUCAAUUGACCAAUGCCGUGACGAACGUGCCUGCAGAGGGUGAGACGGAGUGGAAAACGAAGGGAUCUCUACACCCGCGACUGCGCACCGCGGAUGGAAAGGCACCUUUGCUAUGCAGCGAAGAGACGGUUGGAAUUAUCGGGUAUGGAGCACUCGGCAAACGAAUUCAGACCUUGGCGACGGGCUUGGGGAUGAAGGUUGUUAUAGCCGAGCGACGAGGCGAAACUCCACGAGCAGGUCGGGUUUCCUUUGAAGAUGCUCUUCGAAAAUCGACCGUGUUGAUACUAUGUCUACCGAGAACACCGGAGACGGCGAAUAUGAUUUCAGCCGAGGAAUUGCGGAUGAUGCCGUGUCAGGCCGUGUUGAUUAACGUUGCUCGCGGCGGAAUAGUCGACGAGGAAGCUUUAGUCGAGGCGCUCAGGCAGGGUGAGAUCUUCGGGGCGGGAAUGGACGUUUAUGCAAACGAGCCCGUUGGAAGGGGCGGGUCACCUUUGUUGGACGCAGACGGACUCAACCUGGUGUUGAGUCCGCAUCUUGCGUGGUUUGCGGAGAGGACCAUGGGUAAUCUACAGGCGGGCGUUAAGAACACGGUCGAGUCGUGGUGUGCUGGAAAGACGAUCAAUCGGGUGGCGUGA